AAUAAGCAAUACAAUCAAGUUUUUUUUUUUUGAAGGAAAUACAAUCAAGAUUUUAUUGAUCUACAUCGUUAAGAAAAUGGUCCGACCAAAAUUGAUAGUUAUUGGUAGUUAAAUUUUGAGUUUUCUUUCUCUAAGAGAGGGUUAAAACAAUUUGUGGUAUUUCCUUUAUAUUAUAGUAUGAUAUAUAUUGAUUUUACGUUAUAUUAUAUGUUUUCAAAAAAAUGUUAUAUUAUAUGUUUUUUAUAUUCGAAUGUGAAAAAGAAUUGUGUUGUGAAGUACAAAACAAAGUGUUGAUUUGUCGAAACAAAUAUCCAAUCGAAAUUGCUUGUUUUUGGUAGCUAACUUGGGAUUAUUAUUAUUUUUUGAUAUAAACUUUGGAGUAUCAUUUAUCAUCGUAUAUAUAUAGUAUAUAGAUUUUGUUUUCGUUUUUGAUUUAUCUUGCUUCCUAUAUUUGAUAUAUAUAAAAGACAAUUAAUGGCAAUAUGAGUCAAAUUUAAACCUUGAAGUCUGUGAAUCCUUGCUAGGUCGUUAUCUCAUUCCUCAAAGAGUUUUGUUAAUUAAAAGAAAGAAUACAAUGAGAUAAGAGAGAGAAAUCAAGCCAAAGUGGGUCCCAAACAGAAAAGGAAAGUGGAGGUGAAGCAGUUGAAUUAAAAGGAUGAUGGGGAAGCUGAAGGUGUAUGCAGAUCGAAUGUCCCAACCAUCUCGAGCAGUUCUUAUAUUCUGCAGGUUCAAUGGAAUUGACUUCGAGGAGAUUAAAGUUGACCUUUCAAAACGUCACCAUCUAUCUCCUGAAUUCACAGAAGUAAACCCUUUGCACAAAGUUCCAGCUAUUCUUCAUGGAAACUUCAAUCUCUUCGAGAGCCAUGCAAUCCUUGUCUAUCUUUCUUCUGCUUUUCCUGGAGUUGCUGACCAUUGGUAUCCAACUGAUGUUUUCAGGAGAGUCAAAAUUAACUCAGUAUUGGACUGGCAUCACUCUAAUUUACGAUAUGGAGCAGUGAACUAUGUAUCAAAUACUGUAUUAGGACCCGCACUUGGUCGUCCACUGAAUCCAGAAGCAGCUGCUGAAGCAGAGAAAGUUUUAUUAUCUUCAUUAUCAAAACUAGAGGACAUUUGGCUCAAUGGAGAUGGACACUUCCUUCUUGGUGGUUUUCAACCAUCUAUAGCGGAUCUCAGCCUAGUUUGUGAACUCACACAACUUGAGGUUUUGGAUGAGAAGGAUCGCGAUCGAAUUUUGUUCCCAUACAAGAAAGUUCUUCAGUGGAUUGAGGAUACAAGAACUGCAACAAAUCCCCACUUUGAAGAAGUGCAUAAUAUCCUUUAUAGAGCUAAAAAGAAAUUUCAACAGCAGCGUUCAAGGGUAGCUAAAACUGGGACUGAGACUAACAACGUGAUGGAGAGGCAUUCCAAAAUGUGAAAGACACGACUUCAUCUUUUUUUAGACCAACACAUAUUCAUAGGUUAAUAAGAUUUUGUCAGUUAAUAAGUACGAGAAGUCAGAAAAUAAAUGUGAUUUUACUUGGCAACUGCGUUUUCUGCUUACAUUGUGGUGGUGUAUGGGAAUGGAUGAGGAAAAAUGAGAGAAAAUAAUUUGAGAGACUCCAUUUCUUAAAACGUGGUACCUUUGCUUGAGACAAUUGAGAGGGGAAGUUGGGGGUUUAUGAAAACACCUCAAUAAAUAUAUAUGGUGUAAUUUAGACCCAAAAAGCAUACACCGGCUCGAUUAAUAUAUAUUGGAAUCGUUCUUGAUA